GGCCUUAUCUGGGAAUAAACUUUGCUAAUACGAAGGUUUCUGAGAUCUUAUUUGAGAUAUCUGGGAAUUUUUCAUCUUUACAGAUGCUGACGCCGUUCUUUUGGAUCUCUUGGGUACCUUCGUGCUACUUGAUGGUGGAUCGGAGAAGGUCCUUUUCACUAAACACGUACGACAGAUUGACGCUAACGUCAUCAGCGCUCCGACAAAAGCUGCACUCACUAAUGCUGUGGAACUCAACAAGGAGACAAUCGUACCACUUGUGGGUAAUUUUCCUAAUGUGAAGACAUCUGGUUCUGAUGAUUCUGUCGCUGGCCUUCUUAAAUGCAUAGAAAAGGCUUCUGAAGGCCGUCCAGCAGUAACGCCGACGAAAUUCCAUCCAAAAUAUGAGCCUAUCGUCAUCAGUAAGUCGCUUCGUACCGGUCGUCUCGAACUCAUUGUUCUGGCGGGAGAAACCAAGGAGAUCGAAGCCCUCCAAAAGGCGGUGGAAACUGGCGACGAAAAAAUCAUCGAAAAGGCCGCUGCUAACCAUGGGACCAUUUCGGUGUUGGCCGCUGCUAACCAUGGGACCAUUUCGGUGUUGGUGUGGUUCCCAGCGAAAGGAACGGAUCCAAUCAAGAGAGUGUUGCAUACGGGAACUGCACCAUUGAGUCGCAUCGUGUCUGCAUUGGAAAAGGCUAAAGCCCUUCCCUAUCUUCACAGCCCUCUGGCUGCUACAAAACGUCCUGCUGCACCGGCAGCACCAAAUCCUCCAACUUCUCGACCAACUACUACUAAUAAUUCAGCUAAACCGGCUCCAACAAGCGCCAAGCCUUCUCCAGCUCGUUUAACAAGUGCUCCAGCAGCUAGAACUAAGCCUGCAGCUAAUAAUGCGGCUCCCAAUAAAACUGCUUCGGUACCAAGCACCAGACCUUCAGUGGGUGCCGCAAAGAAGGCAAACAAUAACGAAACACCUAUUCAGAAAACUACAGUUGCUCCAUUAAAAGGAGCAGCAAUGUCUCGCGCAUCUGCGGCUGUUGGUAAAGCUAUUGGAGCUGUUACGGGCAAAGGUCCAGCUGGAACAAAACCAUCCGAGAAUGCUUCAUCGCAAAAGGACAAGCCCUCAGAUACUUCAACUCCUGCAGCACCACCAGCUCCGGUUCCUGUUCCUCAUCCUGAU